AGAGAGCACAAAUUAUGGAUGAGCUAAAGUCAAGGCCACCAAAUUCAAGUCCUCUUACUCCCUUAACCUUCUUGGAAAGAGCCGCUACUAUCUAUGCCGAUUGCCCUUCCAUUGUCUACAACAAUACUACACACAAUUGGUCACAAACCCAUACCCGUUGCAUCAAAGUUGCCUCUUCUAUUGCCUCUUUUGGUAUUCAAAGAAAUCAUGUCGUCUCUGUUGUCGCACCUAAUAUACCCGCUAUGUACGAGCUUCAUUUCGCUGUUCCCAUGGCUGGUGCUGUACUCAACACCAUUAAUCUCCGUCUUGAUGCACGUACUAUCUCUGUACUCCUUCUUCACAGCGAAUCAAAACUCGUUUUCGUUGAUUGUCAAUCCAAAUCCCUAAUUCUCGAAGCUCUGUCCUUAUUUCCGUCUAAAUCCCGCCGUCCGGUUCUGGUUCUCAUCCAAGAUGACGAAUUCCCAAUUCCAUCAACUGAUGAAUUUAUCACUACGUAUGAGGAAAUGGUGGAAAAGGGUGAUUCGGGUUUCAAUUGGAUUCGCCCGAGAAGUGAAUUUGAUCCGAUUGCGUUGAAUUACACUUCUGGAACUACCUCUGCACCGAAAGGUGUGGUUCAUAGCCAUAGGGGUAUUUUCGUUGUUUCGUUGGAUUCUUUGAUUGAAUGGUUCGUUCCGAAACAGUCGGUUUAUUUAUGGACACUUCCUAUGUUUCAUGCAAACGGAUGGAGUUAUCCAUGGGGAAUGGCCGCAGUUGGUGGGACCAAUAUCUGUUUGAGAAAAUUCGACGCAAGAAUCAUUUAUGAAUCAAUCAACAAACACAGCGUUACUCAUAUCUGUGCUGCUCCUGUUGUACUCAACAUGUUGUCGAAUUCUCCUGAUAAGAAGCCAUUAAAACACCCUGUUUAUAUAAUGACAGCAGGAUCCCCACCCCCUGCUGCUGUCCUGUUUCGAACAGAGUCCCUUGGUUUUGUAGUCCAUCAUGGUUAUGGACUGACAGAAACUGGUGGACUAGUGAUUUCCUGCACAUGGAAAAAUCACUGGAAUAAAUUUCCAGCAAAUGAAAGAGCAAGGCUGAAAUCACGACAAGGGGUGAGGACAGUAGGGAUGGCGGAAAUGGACGUGGUGGAUCCAGAAUCUGGAGUCAGUGUGAAACGAGACGGAUCAACUUUAGGAGAAAUUGUGCUAAAGGGUGCUUGUGUAAUGUUGGGUUACCUUAAAGACCCUGAAGGAACGUCAAAAUGCAUGAAAGAUGAUGGUUGGUUUUACACAGGGGAUGUUGCAGUUAUGCAUCCUGAUGGGUACGUAGAAAUAAAAGACAGAUCAAAGGAUGUGAUCAUAAGUGGUGGUGAGAAUUUGAGUAGCGUGGAAGUGGAAUCAGUUUUGUAUGGACAUCCAGCGAUUAAUGAAGCAGCAGUAGUGGCACGGCCAGAUGAAUUUUGGGGCGAAACUCCUUGUGCAUUUGUUAGUUUGAAUGGAAAACAUAACACAAGUGAAAAAGAUAUUAUUGAGUUUUGUAGAGCUAAAUUGCCACAUUAUAUGGUGCCAAAGACUGUCAUAAUAAAACAAGAACUUCCAAAGACAUCAACUGGGAAAAUUCAAAAGUUUGUGCUUAGAGAUAUUGCUAAAAGUAUGGAGAAAAGCAGCAUGAAGAUGAGCAGAAUGUAGAGAUGAGUUAACUCGGCCUGGUUGUCUCAAUAAUUAGGUUCAACCAAAACUGUCCUUUUUUCGUUUGUUUGUUUUCUAGUAUUGCCUGGAUAAACCAAGGAAAAAAAACACAAGAAUAUGAAUGUGACACAUGCGUAUGGUUGUUAUAUUGUUAGACCUUUGACGUGAUGGUUUAAAUAAUUUAUUGCUUCUAA